AUGGUCUGAAAUUGUUUUUUUCAAUUGUUUAUGUUUUAGUCAAUGUUUUGAUGCAACUAAAGGUGUUAGGUUAUUUUGUGGUGGUUGAUAUUUAACUGUAAAACUAACACAGUUAUUAAAAAUGAAUCGUAAAUUCAUAGACAUUGCGGCAAACCUGACGGACCCAAUGUACCAAGGCCUGUACCACGGCACACGGAAGCACGCCGCGGACUUGGUGCAGGUGCUGGGUCGAGCAUGGGACGUGGGCGUGCAGAGGAUCAUUGUCACAGGCGGCAGUCUGGACGACAGCAAGGCGGCAGUCUCCACGGCUGGCACAGAUGACAGGUUGUACGCCACGGUUGGUUGCCACCCAACCAGGUGCCAGGAGUUUGAAGCAGACGAGCCGUCUGCCUACCUGGAGGCUCUGAAGCAAGUUGCGACAGAAGGGCGGGGCAAGGUGGUGGCAGUGGGGGAGUGCGGACUCGACUACGACAGGCUGCAGUUCUGUCCGAAAGACGUCCAGAAAAAAUAUUUUGAACUGCAGCUGGACAUAAGCGAGGCGCUGAAGCUGCCGUUGUUUCUGCACUGCCGGAAUGCUGCAGAUGAUUUUGUGGAAAUAUUAUCCAGGAAUAGAGACCGUCUCUGUGGAGGAGUAGUGCAUUCGUUCGAUGGCUCGAAAAAUGCUGCUGCUUCUAUUCUGGACCUGGGAUACUACAUAGGAAUCAAUGGAUGUUCCCUGAGGACGCCAGAGAACCUAGAAGUGGCUGCAAGUAUACCAGCUGACCGUCUGAUGCUGGAAACUGACUGCCCGUGGUGCGAGAUACGACCAACGCAUGCAGGUUUUAACUUUGUCAAGACAACAUUUAAUGCAGUCAAAAAGGAAAAGUGGCAGGCGUCCAGCUUGAUAAAAGGUCGGAAUGAACCAUGUCAAAUAGUGCAGGUUCUGGAAGCUCUAGCUGGUGCAAGAAAUGAAAAUGCCAAUGAUUUAGCUGAAAAAAUACAUGCUAAUACAAUGAAAUGUUUUUUUGAUAGGUUUGCCUAAUUCAAAGAAUGAUGAGAUGACGGUAAUACCUAGAUUUGGCUCUUGUUUCUAAAAUUUUACAGUAAAACAUUAUUUUACAAACUCCA